AUGAACUCCCUCAACAUCCUAACGGCCCGCGUAUCGCCGCCCCCGAGUCCAACUCAAUCCCGAUCGAACAGCAUAGGAGGUCCCAUUGGCACAAUUGGGUUGGCCUCGGAAGACCAGCACGGCGACGAUAGAUCAUCCGGUCACGAGACUGAAUCCUUUGCCCAGGAUACUAUCGACGAAUCGCGAUUCGAUACCGAAAAGCCGGCUGACGAGAGUACACCACUGCUCAACGACACAGGCGACAAUCAAAAACGAAGCUCAUGGUGGCACUCUAUCCCUCGACGUCUUGCUUCUAGCAUUAUUGGUUCUAUUAGAUGGGUUCUUGCGACACUGGCAUCCCCAGGUGUCUAUCUCAUUGCCUGUUUCUAUGACGAGUACGGCAACUUCGCACCCUUUACGCAGCUCGGGAAACUUUUUGGAUUACACGGAACUCGACACAAGACCAUGGAAGAACCUGAGAAUGUUUCUGAAAAGGACUACGGCAGGACUACAGGAUAUAGGAGGCUAGCACCAAGACCGAGGCCAGUAUCGUCAUCUUCGACGUCAUCAGGUCUCUCAUCGGAGUCGGAAUCAGAUGGAUCACGGUCAGGUAGUCUCAGUCGACACGCACGAUCGAAAUCACUACAGCCUGCAGAGGAAACCGGACCGACAAGAAGGUCAAUUCGAAUUAAGCUGAACAGCGACGAAGAUCUCAGGCAGCGGAAGCAUAGGAAAACGCAAUCGGCAGUCGCGCGAACAAAGGCUAGUGAUUUGGGCAGCGGCGACCUUUCGGCGCAUCUUAAAUCUCCCACUUCCCCUAUUGCAGCGCUCACCAAGUACCCAAAGACACCGGCACCACCUCGACCUUUGAUCCCUCGCAGACAGCCGUCCUACAUCAACCUCGAGCCGCCGACGAGCCCGCAAAAGACCUUAAUUCUAGAUCUAGACGAAACCUUGAUACACAGCAUGUCCAAGGGCGGCAGGAUGAGUACCGGACACAUGGUUGAGGUGCGCUUGAACACAACAUAUGUGGGGGUUGGUGGACAGACAUCGAUUGGACCGCAGCAUCCGAUUCUAUACUGGGUUAACAAGCGACCGUAUUGCGACGAGUUUUUGAGGCGAGUGUGCAAGUGGUACAACCUGGUUGUUUUCACUGCGUCGGUGCAGGAGUACGCAGAUCCGGUGAUUGACUGGCUAGAGGCGGAGAGGAAGUAUUUCUCAGCGCGAUACUAUCGUCAGCAUUGCACAUUCCGGCAAGGCGCUUUCAUCAAGGACCUCAGCUCGGUCGAGUCAGACCUGAGCAAGGUGAUGAUUCUGGACAAUAGUCCGUUGAGUUAUCUGUUUCAUCAAGACAAUGCGAUUCCUAUCCAGGGCUGGAUCAAUGAUCCAACGGAUACAGACUUGAUGCAUUUGGUGCCGCUGUUGGAGGGCCUGCAGUAUGUUCAUGAUGUCAGGGCGUUAUUAGCCCUGAGGGGUGGCGAAGAUGGUCAACAUAUGGCAUAA